GAAGGGAAACGGAUGUCUGCCAUGGUAAACUUGUUAAUAGUUGGUUACUGUAUGGCUGGUACACCAACAACAUCUGGGAGUAUGCAUGCAUGUGUGUUACUGUCUCAUGCAGUCCCACCCUCUCAGUUCCCAGAUCCUGAGCAGGGUAUUUGAGUUUUCAAAUGACUGCAGAUGUGGGAAUGUAUAUAUUUUUUAUUAAUACUUUUUUGCAGUUUUGUGUUGAUACAAAUGUAUUUUCCCUUCCCCUAUCGAAUUGUUUAUUUUGUAAAUGUUUUCACCCCCGUCCAGUUGGUGGCAACAAUACACCAUUUGUAGUUCGUCAUGAAACCCAAAGAAGUAGUAAAAGGAAGUAGAAUUAGAGACUAGUUUGUUUUGGUUAUGAAAAUUCCUUGCGGACUGAAGACCCACUGACUGAACGGACUAGGCCGACUACCCACCUCUCAGUCGAAAAAUGUCUAAACUACAGUCGUUUCGUGAGUUUUUAAAUGAGCGUUUAACAGCGUCUGCCUUGGAGAUUUUCGCGGCAGUUGAGAAAACGGUGGCAGAGUACCAGGAGGAGAAUGAUCGGCUACGGAGAUUGUUGCGGAUCACCCCGAAGAUAAAACUAUGUGGAAUUGACUCCCUGCAACUCUCUCUCGCUGUCUCUGAAGAGGAUGUUCCCUUUGAGCAGCAAUGGAGCACCAGACUGGGGCAGGAGGAACCAGAGCCUAUACAGAUUAAAGAGGAACAGGAGGAACUCUGGACCAGUCAGGAGAAAGUGAAGCUUCAAGGGAUGGAGGUUGAUAUCAUAGAGUUCAUAUGCACUCCUCCUUGUGUGAAAAGUGAAUGUGAUCAGGAGGAUCCACUUCAGUCCUUGACUCUUCUCGAAACCCAGACUGUGGUGAACGGAGAGAGUCACUGUAAACCAGUGGAUCUCAAACCUUUUGGCAAUGUGACCCACAUAAAUAAUCAAAACAAGAACUCCAGCCACACCACAUCUAAAAGAACUCUAUGCUGCCAUGACUGUGGUAAAACAUUUGCUCUGAAAGCUGACCUGCAGAGGCAUUUGACUCUCACCAAGAUGAGACCCAGGGAAUGCCGAUUCUGCAAAAAACACUACAAUUCCACCUGUAAACUGAAAGCCCAUGUCCGACUCUGUCACGUGGAGAAACCCUGCCCAAUUUGUGGCAAGACCUUCAAAUACAAAGGUGUUAUGUCCAGGCACAUGAUGACUCAUACAGGAGAGACAAGAGAGAAACCAUUUAGCUGUGGUGACUGUGGGAAGAGCUUCAAACGCAAGCAGCACCUAACCAACCAUGUACGGAUUCACACAGGAGAAAAACCAUUUAGCUGUGGAGACUGCGGGAAAAGCUUCAUUCAGAAGGGACAUCUAACCGAACAUAUUCGAACCCACACAGGAGAGAAACCAUUUAGCUGUAGUGACUGUGGGAAAAGCUUUAGUUACAAGGGGGACCUAAGGAGGCAUAUGCUGACUCACACCGGAGAGAAACCAUUUAGCUGUAGUGACUGUGGGAAAAAAAGCUUUAAUCAGAAGUGGCUCUUAAACGAACAUAUACGGACUCACACAGGAGAGAAAUCAUUUCAUUGUAGUGACUGCGGGAAAAGCUUUAGUUACAAGGGGGACCUAAGGAGGCAUAUGCUGACUCACACCGGAGAGAAACCAUUUAGCUGUAGUGACUGUGGGAGAUGUUUCAAUCAUAAGGGGCACCUAAGGAAGCUUAUACUGACUCACACAGGAGUAAAACCAUUUAGCUGUGGUGAUUGCGGGAAAAGCUUCUAUCAGAAGGGACACCUAAAUGAACAUAUUCGGACUCACACAGGAGAGAAACAACAUGUCUGCUCAGUAUGUGGUAAAGGAUUCACUCAGAAGGCUCAUCUGGUGAGGCAUGUAAAUAACGUCCACAAAGAGAGAAAACAGGACGAAAACGGGAAAUAAGAAAACAUUUGGAGAAAGAUCUUCUGUCAGAAGAUUGGAAUAAAAAAGGCAGGAUGUAGACAGGAAAACACGAAGGAAAGCAAAAUAAGUGUGGGUCAUUCAUGCUGUAGGUUUCAGAUAUUCUAUAGGCCUACAUCUUUGGGGUAAGUGUAGCGACCUUGUUAGCCUAAUGGUUUUUGGAUAGUCGAAGGAACUGUGGUUUGAGUCCUGGUCGGAUUUGUUUUUGUUCACCAUGUCAUUCUUAAUCCAGCCCUGCCUAGGUCCUUGGUGGCUUAAAUAUAUUGUUCUAAACGGGUUGAUUUUUCUUCCUAAUCAUGUUUCUUUAUAACCACAGUAAGGAAAGGUGAUAGAUAGCCUAUUCAUAUUUUGCUCUGAAUUUGCCACCCAAAGCAGUUUGUCAGGGGCUAUGUUUUAGGCCUCUCAAAUAUGUACAAAUACAUCAUACAAGGGAGCAUAUGUAUUCCAUUAUCUGUAUAAUGGACAGAAGAUUGCUGUUCAAGGUCAUGUAUACUGCUCAAAAAAAUAAAGGGAACACUUAAACAACACAUCCUAGAUCUGAAUGAAAGAAUUAAUCUUAUUAAAUACUUUUUCUUUACAUAGUUGAAUGUGCUGACAACAA